CUCCAGCCUUCCUAACCAUGCCCAAGAGCAAGGGAACGAGAUGACUUCUUAUCGCUGUUCUCGUUGUGAAGAGAAGAACCUUCGUUGUUUCGUGGACACUGCAACUGGCCGUUGCGCUGGUUGUAUUUCUGUAAAAGCUGAGUGUAGCUUAUUUAUUUCCGAGGAAGAGUGGGAGAAAAUUCAGCAAGAGCGUGAGCAAAAGGAGCUUGAGGUUGCUCGAGCUGAGGAGGACGCCGCGCGUCUUCGUCGUGAACUUCUGGAGGUGAAAUCUCGCGAGCGCUUGCUCGCUCGUCGCGAUCUCGCCGUUCUUGCGUUCCAAGAUCGUGCAAAAGAAAAGGCCGAGGGGAGCUCAGCCCCUGGUACGGAUCCUCUGUCAACCGGACCAUCGCUAUCCGGACCCUCGACUGACCCGGGCUGGUUACAGGCUGAUUAUUCUUCUUCUCAUGAUCCCUUGUCCCUUGACUUCUUCCUUUCUUACGAGAAUCCCAUUCUCGCUUCCGUGGAUGUUUCCGAUGGUACUCACGUACCAGUGACUUGCAGUUCGUCAGGUUUCCUUCAGGUUCCCAAGUGUUAUGGCUCUCGGGCCAUCCUUGCCACUUGACCAAGUACUUCCGCUGACUACCGAUUUUCCGCAGGUCCUUGAUUUCUUCGACCUCGUACUCGUCGUCUUCGAGCUCUAU